AUGGGUAAAGGAGAGCGAGCACUAGACUUCACUCCAUCGAGCUUGGAAUAUUAUGGAGCCGCCGCCACCAUCAACGAUCCCUCGAAACCAGUCUAUCUGACUCAUGAAAGUGUCCAUACCAAGGUCGAGCCGAAGAAACAGAAGGUUCAUUCGACAGUCGAUGCUCCCGCUCUCUGGGUCAUCAUCACCACCUAUCUAUCUUAUGCUAUAUUAUCUCUAGUCGGUCGGAUACGUGAUUUCAUCGCCUGCUCCCUCUAUCCUGAAAACUAUACCCAGUACAAACCACGAAACGGAUAUGCGCCACUUAUGGAUUUGGAAGAAACCCUCUACCACCGUCGCAUAUAUCUCAGAAUCCGAGACUGCUUCAACAAGGCCAUAACAAAUGUCCCCGGCAGAGUAAUCACGGUCCUAGAUCGCGAGUCUGAAGACAAUAAUGCUACCUUCUCCUACACUGGAACAACAUCUGACUUGCUAAACAUGUCUUCAUACAAUUACUUGGGUUUUGCGCAAUCGCAGGGACCAUGUGCUGAUGCCGUUGAAGCUACUGUAGCUAAAUAUGGAUUGUCAUUGAACUCGCCGAGAAUGGAAGUCGGUAAUUCUGUCAUGCAUCGGGAUGUGGAACAGUUAGUUGCUAGGUUUGUGGGGCAGGAGGAUGCUGUUAUCUUUUCAAUGGGAUUUGCUACGAAUAGUACUACUAUUCCUGCUUUAGCUUCCAAGGGCACAUUGAUUGUCUCUGACGAACUCAACCACGCUUCAUUACGAUACGGAUGCCGUGUAUCAGGAGCCACUCUAGUAACAUUCAAACACAACGACAUCAAAAUGCUGGAACAUGUAAUCCGACGAAACUUGGCUCAAGGCCAGCCCCGCAGCGGCAGACCAUGGGACAAGGUCUUAGUCAUUGUAGAAGGUCUCUAUUCCAUGGAAGGAACAUUCUGUAAACUCAACGAAAUAGUAGCCCUUAAAGACAAGUACAAAUUCUACCUAUAUGUUGAUGAAGCCCACUCUAUCGGCGCUUUGGGACCUAACGGCCGUGGUAUAUGUGACUUGCUAAAUGUAAAUCCAGCACGUAUUGAUGUCCUCAUGGGUACCUUUACGAAAUCGUUUGGAGCCGCUGGUGGAUAUGUAUCUGGAACAAAAGCAUUAUGUGAUCAAAUCCGUCUGCAUAAUCAUUCAGCUGUCUAUGCCGAAACCGUCAGCCCAUUGGUACUACAACAGAUAUAUUCAUCGAUGAGCAUCAUAAUGGGAGAAGAUGGAACCGAUGAAGGAAGACACAGACUACAUCGCUUAUCUGCCAACUCGAGAUAUAUUGCUCUGAGAUUAAGGGAAUUGGGAUUGUCUGUUAGCGGUGAUAUUGGAUCUCCAGUUAUACCGAUCCUGGUGUAUCAUCCAUCAAAGUUGGUUUCGAUUUCACGGGAGCUGACUGCAAGGGGGAUUGCUGUCGUUAUCGUAGGAUACCCAGCGACUCCAUUAGCAGAAGGUCGUAUUAGAUUGUGUGUGUCUGCAGCCCAUACUCACGACGAUUGUGAGAGACUAGUGAAUGAGUUAUCUGACCUCGCUGAUAAGAACAUGAUUAGAUACUGUAAGCCUACUGUAAAGGGAUAA